AUGGGCCUCAAGGAACAGCUGCAGCAAGGCUUGGCAGGCAUCGGAGCGUAUGCCCUGUGCCUCCUGGGUUUGCUGCUGGGCCCCUCCGGGCUCUUGGGGGGCCUCUUCGGACCGUUGCUGGCCCUGGUGUGCCUGGCCAUGAUCUUUGUGAGCCUCGAGCUGAGAGAGCUGAGCCGACGAGUCCAAUGA